AUGUCCACCGCUAGCUCUGCUGUUCUUUCAAACGUUGCGAAUCUUGACAAGACGAUUGUCGUGCUCGGCGUUUUCGCGUUCCUGGGCAAGCGGGUCGCAGAAUAUUUUGACAAGUCUCUCGGGUGGAGCGUAGUUGGCAUCCUCACGGAACGUGAUGACACGCCGUCGAACAUGUCCUCGAGGGCUGUCCUCAUCCAGUUACGCCUCGCGAACCCUCUGCCCCGCCGUUUCUCAUUGGUGUCGCCCAAGUUCGACAUCACUAUGCCGAGCACCUGUACCCUGUAA